GUUUCCAGAGGUGUUUCGCGUGAGCUGCGCGCGCGCCCGCCGCGGGGACGUGACGUCAGAGAGGUGCGCCUCCGCCGCUUUGACUCAGUCAGUCGUUGAAUACCGAUGAAAAACGGAGAAAGUCAAGCUCUCGUCGACAGAACCGGACUGAAACGCUCUCAGCAUGUCAGACCUGACGGACUCUCUGGUGGACGUGUCCAGCGACAGCUUCUGGGAGGUGGGGAACUACAAGCGGGCGGUGAAGCGUGUGGACGAUGGGAACCGGCUGUGUAACGACCUCAUGAACUGUCUGCACGAGCGCGCACGCAUCGAGAAGAGCUACGCCACACAGCUCACCGAGUGGGCCAAGCGCUGGAGACAGCUGGUGGAGAGAGGGCCUCAGUACGGGACGGUGGAGCGAGCGUGGUUCGCUCUGAUGACGGAGGCAGAGAAGGUGAGCGACCUGCACAUGGAGGUGAAGACUGCACUGACCGGAGAGGACCUGGAGAAAAUCAAGAACUGGCAGAAGGACGCUUACCACAAACAGAUGAUUGGUGGCUUCAAGGAGACCAAAGAAGCAGAAGAUGGCUUUCGCAAGGCACAGAAACCCUGGGCCAAGAAACUUAAGGAGGUGGAUGCGAUGAAGAAGGCCUACCACAACGCCUGUAAGGAGGAGAAAACGGCCUCCAGCCGAGAGAGCUCAAGCAAGCUGGAGAAUAACAACCCAGAAGCCCAGAAGAAGCUGCAGGAGAAAGUGGAGAAGUGCCAGCAGGAAGUUCAGAAGACGAAGGAGCGCUACAGGAAGUCUCUGGAGGAGCUGGAUAAGGUGACCCCUCAGUACAUGGAGAACAUGGAGCAGGUGUUCGAGCAGUGGCAGCAGUUUGAGGACAACAGACUGUGCUUCUUCAGAGAGCUGCUGCUGGGCGUCAAGCAGCACCUCGACCUCUCCUCCAAUCACAAGUACUCCAGCGUCUAUCACACACUGGAGGACACCAUCCAGGCAGCAGACGCACAGGAAGACCUCAAGUGGUUCCGCUGCAACCACGGGCCCGGCAUGACCAUGAACUGGCCUCAGUUUGAGGAGUGGUCCAUGGAGCUGAACCGAAUGCUCAGUCGACGAGAGACCAAGAGGAAGCCCACUGACGGAGUGACUCUGACGGGGAUCAGUCAAAGCACAGAGCAGACCCCUAAGACCACCAGCUCCAGCAGCAGCAGCGUGGCUGUGGCCACUAGCUCAGAAGCAGCAUGCUUGAACCCGUUUGAUGAGGAUGAGGAUGAUGGCGUGGAGCAGGAGGAAGAGCCGGCGGUGGUGGAGCGGCCCAAGAGCAGCCCGGUGGCUGUCAAACGAGUGGAAGUGACCGCACAAACCGCUGCUCCUGUGGAGAAGAGCACAGCCGACGGCUCCGAUGAGGAGGCAGGGAACCCCUUCGGCUCUGCUAACGCUAACGGCAAUCCGUUCGAGGACGAGCCGUCUUCAGAGGAGGUGUGUGUGCCGGUGCGAGCCUUGUACGACUACGACGGUCAGGAGCAGGACGAGCUCAGCUUCAAAGCAGGAGAUCAGCUGAUGAAGAUGGGCGAGGAGGACGAGCAGGGCUGGUGUAAAGGACGUCUGAGCGACGGCACCGUGGGUCUCUAUCCUGCCAACUACGUGGAGGACCUGGAGUGACCCCAUCUCUUAUAGUGCGGUCGGGGUCAGCUGUAUUUUACUGAUUUUACCAAUGCUGUUUGCUUUUAGGAACACGAUGAUGCGGAUGACACGAUUUUAUGGCUCUGAGCCGGCUCCACCUGACCUCUGACCUCUGCGGCCGGCUGUGUUUUUAGGAUGAGUCUGGGUCAGGUCAGCUGGAUCUGGACGUGCACUGGAUGACAUGCUGUGUGUGUGUGUGUGUGUGUGUGUGUGGCUUCACAGCGAGAAUGUUAAAGCACAUGAAUGUUGAUGUGUGUAAAUACGAGUUGACGCCGAGUCUUGUUUCUCUCAGGUGUCUCUGCCUUAAUACAGUUACAGAUGCAGAUCAGAUCAGUUCAGUGCGUGGUGCCAUGUUUCUCACAGCUGUUCAGCGCUGAAAUGAACCGAAUGAUUUGAAUAUUGCUGUUCACGUCAGGUGACGCCUUCGGUUCCAGACGUCACAUGACUAAACUCAGUUACACACUUUAUCGGAGUUUAUUCACUUUUGUAUAUUGUCAAGCUGGCAAUAAAUGAAUUGGUUACA